AUGCGACCGGCUCUUCUUCGACUCCUGAAGAGGCCGUCUGCCAUCUCGGUUCUCGACACCCUCGCCGCAACGCCUACCGGAAUUGAGCAGUUGGACUCAAGAUACGCGCGCCUACGAUGUCAAUCGCGAUGUGCUCAUCAAGAGGCACUAGACGAUAACCCGGGGAGUGGCUCUGCGGUGCAGGGAGUUGAAACUCAAAAGCAGACCGCUGGCGAGAGGCGGCCCUUCAAUUUUCCUAUCUAUGAGAUUGAACCCUUGGAGACAGAUCGAUAUCCAACUUCCUCGUCCCCUACGAAACGAACAAGCGAGAAAGACUAUUCAAAAUGCCCGAUCAAAUCCCUACGGUUACAGCCGGAGAGACUCCAAUUCGAGUCCGACGUCGGCCACUGCGAUGAUAUUGGAACGCGCCUGGUCGAUCGUGCAGAGAAUAUGAAUAAUUUCGAGCUUUGGGAGGAACUUUUGAAGUUCCGCCAACGACAUUACGGCGACAAAGGAACGCAAGACAUCUGGGAAGGGCUGACAGUUCGCCUGCCUGGGAUUAAGUUACCUGUGACUGGAGAUCAGGCCGACUUCUUCUGGCAAAGCUUCGUGAAAUUGGGCUUGAGACGAGAUCUUUUUCUGAUCGACGUGAUGGAAUAUGCGAUGGAUUUACACAGACGAGAAGGUCGAUCUUGGCCACAGCUCUAUGAAAGUGUCGUGGGUGGGCUUCUCGAUCGAGGAUUGACAAAGCGAGCCUUACGAUGGAACAAAAAAUUCCAAGCAUGCGGCUUGGCCUCUCCGAACGAUGUGCUGCAAGUCCUCCUUCCCGUCAUUCGUCCCACAUCCUUAGUGGAAAGAGCCCACGACUGGCAUCAUGUCAAAGCCGUAAGACCACCCCUGCUUUUACGGACCUUUCGACUUUUGUGUCGCUCGGCCGAAGGCCACCAGAUAUAUGGGCCAGUCAUGUCGACAUUAAUUGAACAAGGCUACGGAGAGGGAGCGAUUUCCAUCCAUCCGUUUCUGGUCGCACGCAAUGAUCACCCGAAAUCGCUCAGCGAGAUUCAACCUCUUUUGGAUUAUGCCCGAAUGUAUGGAUUCUGGGACGAAAACAAGAAACUUCAGGCAUAUGCCAAGAAACGAUUCGACACCUCUUCAGAGACGCUCGAUGAUGUUUCUGAGAAGUUAAAGCAGGGUGUGCCAGAUGGUACACCGUUCAAAGAUGACAUCGGCGCUAGAUUGCUUGCUACUCGCGCCUUAAACUUCGAUAUGGUUCUUGGUGGCCUGAAGAUGCUUGGCGUAUCAGCAAUUGGCCCAAGGAGCUUACGCGAGUUGGCUGUCCGAGCGCACGGGAGUCAGGAUAUCCUGGACAAAAUCAAGACUCUCCGGCAGGCUGGUAUUUCUAUUGGUGACUCUGUCUUCGCUCGAUUGGUCCAGAAAUUGGCUGCCCAAAACCGCGACAUACUCCUUGCUGACCUGCUGCUGAGUGAUCAGCAUCCCGAUGUUCUCGAAGAUAGGGCCACGCAGGAAUCACUUCUCAUCUCAUAUUACAUCGCCCGUGAUAUGCAGCAGUACAACAUGGCUCUCGCCGUCCUUGCAGAACUGCACCCAGAUGACCCGGACUUGUUGGAUAUUCACUUCCGCAAGCACAUUGCUGCCGGUGACCUGGGGGCGGCAUCUAAGAUCGUGGACGAGCUGACGCUACGCGGAAGGCCCUUGAGUGAGGAUAGCUUGGAUUUCAUGGCGGAAAAGGUUCUGACACCUCGUCGGCCCAACCAUCGCCCAAAUCCACCGCCCGGGCAGCCGCUCAAUACCAAGCGUGAAGUCAUGUUUAUUUUUCGAGUCCUUCAGCGCUCCGUGCCGUUGGGUGGUUAUGUCAAUCCAUUCUUCUGGAAGGAGAUGCUCAAGCGUCUCGGUAUGGAAAACCACUGGGCUGAGCUUCGAGAAUGUUGCAUGUGGCUGGUUCGUCAAUACAAGACACGAAGCAAAAAAUUCUGGGCCAAGACACCCGCUGGAACGCCUACGGGACAGGACGACCGGAUGCUGAAGCUCAUUUUCAGUCCACCAAUGCAAACUGCGCUGGUGGCCUGGGGGUUCAUGGUCCCAGUGACCAGCGCCACUGCAGCCAAGGCCAUCUGUCUGCAUCCCAUAACCAAGGAACCACUCAUUCAAUGGGUGCGUGGACUUCUCCUUCUACGAGAGCUGGAGCAAGCCGGUCUGGUUCUUCAGAAGCGUGUCAUUCUUGACGCGACUCGGCACCGCCUGGCUACCCUGUUUGGUCGAUUCAAUCUUUCUCAUUCACGCCUGAACCGAGUGCUGCGACGACAAAACCCGUAUCGGUGGCAGCGGGUGGUAGCAGAUAUCUUACGUGCCUGGGGUGAUCCCUCUUUCUUCGGUGGACUAGAGAGAAUUGAGCCGACCAAACUGAUGAAUCCUGGUCGAACCCCGUCCUCACUGCGAAGGUCAGCCCAAACAGUCUGGCCGAGGAAACGAACUCGAUGA